ACUGGUGCUUAACUGCAAGCCCCUCUUCCCACUGUUGUCUCAGGCACAGUCAUCCAUGGCGGCUGCUUCGCUCUCCCCUGUUGUAGCUACCUCCUCAUCUUCUUCUAAUGGGGUAAAAACCCCAAAGCUGAGUUCGAGAUUGGGGUUAGGGUUUUUAUCGUCUUCUUCUUCUUCCAUUUCUAGGUCAUGGCGUCAGCUGGUUUUAUCCCCAAGUGCCUCAGGGAAAGGGGCCAUUGGCGCAAGAAUGGUGUCCAUGCCUGCUGUUAAGCCGGAGAAGGCCUUGGACUUUGAUACUAAAGUGUUUAAGAAAGAGAAGAUCACCCUUACUGGUCACGAUGAGUACAUAGUGAGAGGUGGGCGUGAUCUUUUCCAUUUGCUUCCUGAGGCUUUCAAGGGUAUUAAACAGAUCGGGGUUAUUGGUUGGGGUUCUCAGGGUCCUGCCCAGGCUCAAAAUUUAAGGGAUUCUUUAGCAGAAGCACAAUCUAAUAUCAUUGUGAAGGUCGGUCUAAGGAAAGGAUCCCGUUCUUUUGCUGAGGCACGCGCUGCUGGAUUUACAGAAGAGAGUGGAACUUUGGGUGACAUCUGGGAAACUGUUUCAACCAGUGACCUAUUGUUAGUAUUGAUCUCAGAUGCUGCACAGGCUGAUACCUAUGAGAAAAUAUUUUCUCACAUGAAGCCAAACAGCAUCCUUGGGCUGUCCCAUGGCUUCCUACUAGGACAUCUACAGUCGUUGGGCCUUGAUUUCCCGAAGAAUAUCAGUGUGAUUGCAGUUUGUCCCAAGGGAAUGGGUCCAUCUGUAAGGAGGCUCUAUGUUCAGGGCAAAGAGAUCAAUGGUGCAGGAAUCAAUGCCAGUUUUGCUGUUCACCAGGAUGUUGAUGGCAGAGCUACAGAUGUGGCACUUGGCUGGUCAGUUGCCCUGGGUUCACCUUUUACCUUUGCCACUACGUUGGAGCAGGAGUACAAAAGCGAUAUUUUCGGGGAGAGAGGCAUCUUAUUGGGAGCAGUACAUGGAAUUGUGGAGUCUUUGUUCAGAAGGUACACUGAAUUUGGCAUGAAUGAAGAACUGGCUUACAAAAAUACUGUUGAGAGCAUAACCGGAAUCAUAUCAAAGACUAUCUCGACAAAAGGUAUGCUAUCUAUAUACAACUCCCUCAGCGCAGAAGGAAAGAAGGAAUUUGAGACUGCAUACAGUGCUUCAUAUUAUCCAUGCAUGGACAUCUUGUAUGAAUGCUAUGAAGAUGUUGCUUGUGGCAGUGAAAUCAGGAGCGUGGUAUUGGCUGGACGACGUUUCUAUGAAAAGGAUGGACUACCAGCCUUCCCCAUGGGUAAAAUUGAUCAAACUCGAAUGUGGAAAGUCGGGGAACGAGUGCGAUCAGCCCGGCCUGCAGGUGACUUGGGUGCCCUCUACCCCUUCACUGCAGGCGUUUAUGUGGCAUUAAUGAUGGCACAGAUUGAAGUUCUGAGAAAGAAGGGGCACUCGUACUCGGAGAUCAUCAACGAGAGUGUUAUUGAGGCAGUGGAUUCUUUGAACCCUUUCAUGCAUGCACGUGGGGUCUCAUUCAUGGUUGAUAACUGUUCAACAACAGCACGUUUGGGAGCUAGGAAGUGGGCUCCUCGCUUUGACUAUAUCCUCACUCAGCAGACUUUUGUGGCUGCGGACAAGGAAACUCCCAUCAAUCAAGAUCUCAUCAGCAAUUUCUUGUCUGACCCUGUACAUGGGGCCAUUGAUGCCUGUGCACAGUUGAGGCCCACUGUUGACAUAUCUGUGACAGCAGAUGCAGAUUUCGUGCGCCCUGAACUACGCCAGUCAGGUAACUAAGACUUGGGUGUCACCAGUCAGGUAAUUAAGAUUUGGGUAUCUGUGGUGACAGAAGUGUGGAGAGGUACAGAGCAUUUUGUGAUGAAAAAGCCUCUCGUACGUUAUAGAGUUUACUACGAUCCGGUAAUGUAUGUGAUGAUUGGGUAGGUAGAAGAAUUGAUCCUAAUGGGACAGAUCUGUGUUGUUCCUUGAGCUAUUUGUAUUGAUUGGAAUUAUCUAUAUGCAGUAACUAUUAGUUCAUUCGAAGCAAAACAUAUGCAUGAGUUCGAAUGUCGAUAAAAGGGAAAUGGAGAUGCGAACCUUUCAAUGACUAACAAGACCUUGUAAUAAGUGCGGAAAUGAGUUAGUUUUAAGAAGACAAGGAUAUUGAAUAAAUUAUUGUAUUAUUCAC